UUUUUUUUUUUGUUUUUUUUUUUUAUUUUUUUUUAAAUAUUAAUAGUAUAAUACAUCUUGUCCAGCAAAUUUUAGAGAGAGAAACAAGAGGGGGGCUGAGGAGGAGGAGAGAGACCCUUGUAGAGGUCGUAGGUUUCGGGGAAUGCUGGAAAAACGGUUCAUUAUUGGAAAUCUUUGAUGGGCUACCGGCCUUCUGGUCUUGCUCUUUACAGGCAUUGAUCUGAAGGCUGGUAACUGAAAUUGGAAAGUGCCUGUGUUGCUCUUGCCGGCUUUUCUUUCCCUUCUCAUUAUCCCGACUAAUUUCUCGAGGAAUCAUUCAUUUUUCGAGAUAAAGAAGGGAAAGAGAGCUUGCUCUGGGAUUUUGAAGGUGGGCUUGGAGAAAAAGCUACACAUUAUAUGGUAAUAUAAAAUUAUGGAAGCUGUUUCGGGUGUGAUCUCAAGGCAAGUCUUGCCAGCAUGUGGUAGCCUUUGCUUCUUUUGCCCUGGGUUGCGGGCAAGGUCUAGGCAGCCCGUGAAGAGGUACAAGAAGCUGAUUUCGGAUAUUUUUCCCCGGCCCCCGGAAGAAGAACCGAGUGACAGAAAGAUCGGUAAAUUAUGUGAAUAUGGUGCAAAAAACCCUAUGCGCAUUCCUAAGAUAGCAGGCUCCCUUGAACAAAGAUGCUAUAAGGAAUUAAGAAAUGAAAACAUGCGAUCGGUGAAAGUUGUUAUGUGUAUAUACACUAAAUUCCUGUUCACUUGUAGGGAGCAAAUGUAUGUCCCCUGCUAAUUUUGUGUUUCUUUUUCAUCUGAUUUUGUUUAACCUUUAGCUGACUUAAAAUCCUUAAUUUCCUUCUAUCCGAAUCAUGUGCACAUUUGUCUAGUUUGUCUGGUUGAUAGUUUUAUGUGUUUGGUGUUGUACAGGUUUGGUUUAUGGGUGAAAACUGCCAUAUUUCAGUUGAAUUUGACAAUGUAAGCAUAAUUCGCUAAGCUCUAUAUCAAAAUUUUACUAAGAUUUGUUUUAUUAAAUUUACCCAACUCUUCAUUCCAUUUUCUUCAGAUUGUUUCAGUAGUCUUGGAAAACUACAAAGGUCAAGAUGUUUCAAUGCAGGUGCUUUCCUGGAGAGUGAUUGUUGAUGAUAGAAGACAACUUAACGUGACCGAAGAGGAUGCCAAAAACCCGUGUUUUUGGUCAAGAGUGUGCUUGCACAACAUGGCCAAUCUUGGUAAAGAGGCAACCACUAUGCGGCGUGUUUUGGAAUCUUUGUUUCGGUAUUUGGACAAUGGGAAUCAGUGGCCGCUCGAGAAUGGGAUUGCUUUUCCAGUUCUCAAAGAAAUGCAGCAAUGGAUGGAUGAUUCGGGGCAAAAUACACACUUCUUGCUAUCGAUGCUAGUAAAGCAUCUCGACCAUAAAAACGUCCUAAAGCAGCCCAACAUGCAAAUCGACAUUGUUCAGGUUGUCACGGCUCUUGCUCGGCUCACGAGGACUCAGUCAUCUGUGGCUAUAGUGAGCGCUUUAAGUGAUGUCAUGAGACAUUUAAGGAAAAGUAUACAUUCUUCUCUAGACGAUGCAAAUCUUGGGGAAGAAGUAAUUAAGUGGAAUAAAAAAUUCCAUGAAGUCGUGGAUGAAUGUCUAACAGAGUUGUCGUCAAAGGUUGGAGAUGCCGGGCCAAUUCUUGAUGUGAUGGCUUCAAUGCUAGAGAAUAUCUCGAGCAUUACUGUCAUAGCUAGAACAACUAUUGCCUCCGUCUACCGAACUGCUCAGAUUAUAGCUUCUUUGCCGAAUUUAUCAUAUAAAAACAAGGCUUUCCCAGAGGCUUUGUUUCACCAGUUGCUUCCAGCUAUGCUCCACCCAGAUCACGAGACGCGAAUUGGAGCUCAUCAGAUAUUCUCUGUUGUGCUCGUGCCAUCUUCGGUUUGCCCUCAAUCAGAUCCACCAAUUUCUUCUGACUCCUCCUCGACUAAGAACAUUGUAUUCCCUCGAACACUAUCGAGGACUGUUUCGGUAUUUUCCUCAUCGGCUGCACUUUUCGAGAAGCUGAAGAACCAUAGGACCCCUCCUCCCAAGGGAGGAGUUCAAGAAGAACAGAAUUACGAAAAUCAAAUUAGUGGAGUGAUGAACAGAAUUAAGUCGACUUAUACUCGAGUGUAUAGCUUCAAACCUUCAUCAGAAUCUGAUUCUGCCACAAAGUUGACCAAAGAAGUGGAUGCUGUUCCUCUUAGGUUGAGCAGUCACCAAAUAACCCUUUUGCUUUCAUCCAUUUGGGCACAAUCAAUGUCACCAGCAAACAUGCCUGAAAACUAUGAAGCUAUUGCCCACACGUACAGCUUGGUUCUGUUGUUUGCUCGUGCAAAGGUUAACUUAAGCUCAAUUUUCGCUCAGAAUUCUUCUCGCGAGGCCCUUAUUAAAAGCUUCCAAUUGGCCUUUUCGCUCAGGAGUGUUUCUCUUGCUCAAGGAGGAAAUUUGCCUCCAUCGCGCCGUAGGUCCCUCUUUGUAUUAUCGACUUCAAUGAUCAUCUUCUUAGCAAAGGCUUACCACAUUUCGCCUCUCAUUCCGCUCGUCAAAUCUGCACUCUCUGAUAAAGUGGUUAGCGAAAUUGGAUUGGGAAAUCCACAUGUCGUUUACGGAUCAAAGGAAGACGAUAGUUCUGCUCUGAAAUGUCUUUCGGAAAUAAAAAACAACGAGAGCCAGACGAAGGAUUCCCUUGUCACUGUUGUUGUGAGAAAUUUAGAUAAUUUAUUGGAGUGUGAGGCACCUGCAAUGAAGGAACAGCUGCUCAAGGAAUUCACUCCCGACGAUUUGUGUUCACUCGGUGGCCAAUUGUUCGCGGAUAGCCCGGUCAAAGUACGACAAAGGGAUUCUUACAACAAACCUAAAUUAGAAACGGCAGUCUCGAUGUGUGGAAUAGAUGACGAUCUUCACCAAGAUUCAACCGAAAGUAAUUUCCCGCCAAAUUCAAAGCUGACCAUUGAGUUCCCGAGUCUUCUGAGUGUCGAUCAACUUCUUCAAUCCGUUUUGGAGACAGCUCAUCACGUGGGAAGAAUGUCCGUGAGCACGGCCCCAAACGCGUCCUAUAAAGAAAUGGCUAACCACUGUGAAUCGCUAUUGGUGGGAAAACAGCAAAAAAUGUCUGUCUUAAUAAACGCUAAUCCCAACAGGCAAAGUAGCCUGUUGACUAUAUCUUCUCAAAACUCCCGAGAGUCAGAAAAACUUACGACUCCUUCUCCUUGUGGGCCACCAAAAGUGGAACAACAGCCAUUCUUUGAUCUGAACCUACCGAAACCGAGCCCAUCUCCACCACUGUGUGCAGCCGAGUAUCAGAAUCGACCCCUCUCAUUCAGGCUUCCGACUUCAAGUCCUUAUGACAAUUUCUUGAAAGCUGCCGGUUGUUAAGAAAGAAAACAGAAGUUCUAUGUAUUGCAUCUGAAAGCUCGACUCAAGGUAGCUCACAAUUUGUGUCUCGGGCUCCACAUUCUAUUUAUCAUACCUCUCGAUAAGAUGAUGUCAUUAAUACAAAAGAUGAUGUCAUUGUUGUACACGUGUGGGACGCAUUUUCUCAAACAUGCUAUAUACGCGUUGCUAAGGAUGCCAUUUGUUGUGGUUCUGAUCGGCUGAGGUUUUUUGAUUGUCUAAGCCCGUUUAAUGUUUUUCGUACUCUUUGCUUUUGGUGUGUUUACGCGGGAGGCACGAGUGGGCGUGUAUUCGAGCUUUUCCUCUCAUAUAUAUGAUUUUCUUUUUUUUUUUUCAUAUUUUUUUUGGAGCAAGACUUGAGAUUCUUGUGUGUGCAUUAGUUUAGACAAGUCUCCUCAUGUACAAAAGAUGGAGUUCAGUUUUUAUCUUUUAUUUUCUAACAAUUAUAUGUAUAUUUAUUUAUUCUUAUAAAAAUUUAAAUUAUAUUAAGGAA